CCCUGUGGCUCAAUCUGGGAGAGAGCGGACAGGGACCCCGCUGCUGCCACCUCAACAUGGAGUAGCGAGAUCCCAGCCUUUGCUGCAAAGAAGCAGAUCCCGUAGAGAGGAAUACGCGACGGCCUCUGCUUGAUCUAUCCGUCGAAGUCCCCGCAAAUGCUCCAGCAGUGGCUGUUUUUCGUAAACGCAAAGGAAAGCUCGGCUUUUAUUUGAAAGAUGGCGAACGACUCUCCAGCUAAAAGUCUAGUAGACAUAGACUUGGCUUCAUUGCGGGAUCCAGCUGGAAUAUUUGAAUUGGUGGAGGUAGUUGGAAAUGGCACCUAUGGACAAGUAUACAAGGGACGACAUGUCAAGACUGGACAGCUGGCUGCCAUCAAAGUCAUGGACGUCACAGAGGAUGAGGAGGAGGAAAUUAAACUGGAGAUCAAUAUGCUGAAGAAGUAUUCCCACCAUCGAAACAUAGCCACCUACUAUGGUGCUUUCAUUAAGAAGAGCCCCCCGGGACACGAUGACCAGCUAUGGUUGGUGAUGGAGUUCUGUGGAGCUGGUUCAAUCACAGACCUGGUGAAGAACACCAAGGGGAACCAGCUGAAGGAAGACUGGAUCGCGUACAUCUCCAGAGAGAUCCUCAGAGGUCUGGCCCACCUACAUGCCCACCAUGUCAUCCAUCGUGACAUAAAGGGCCAGAAUGUCCUGUUGACUGAGAAUGCUGAAGUCAAACUAGUUGACUUUGGUGUGAGCGCUCAGCUGGAUCGGACAGUGGGGAGGAGAAACACCUUCAUCGGGACCCCUUACUGGAUGGCCCCAGAAGUCAUUGCUUGUGACGAGAACCCAGACGCUACAUAUGAUUACAGAAGUGAUCUAUGGUCUUGUGGUAUCACAGCAAUUGAAAUGGCUGAAGGAGCGCCACCCCUUUGUGACAUGCACCCCAUGCGUGCACUCUUCCUCAUACCAAGAAACCCUCCUCCCAGGCUCAAAUCUAAAAAAUGGUCCAAAAAGUUUUUUAGUUUCAUCGAAGGCUGCCUGGUAAAGAACUACACGCAGCGCCCCCCGACGGAGCAGCUGCUGAAGCACCCCUUCAUCCGAGACCAGCCCAACGAGAGGCAAGUCCGCAUUCAGCUCAAGGACCACAUCGACCGUACCAAGAAGAAGAGGGGAGAGAAAGAUGAGACAGAGUACGAGUACAGUGGCAGUGAGGAAGAGGAAGAGGAUCCCCCAGAGCAGGAGGGAGAGCCCAGCUCCAUUGUCAAUGUGCCAGGUGAGUCAACUCUGCGCCGCGACUUCAUCCGCCUGCAGCAGGAGAACAAGGAUCGGUCAGAGGCGCUGCGUCGCCAGCAGCUGCUCCAGGAACAGCAGAUGCGGGAGCAGGAGGAGUAUAAGCGCCAACUAUUGGCAGAGAGGCAGAAACGCAUUGAGCAACAGAAGGAGCAGAGGAGGCGGCUGGAGGAGCAACAACGACGUGAACGGGAGAUGAGGAGGCAACAGGAGCGCGAGCAGCGUCGCCGUGAACAAGAGGAGAAGAGGCGUAUCGAAGAGAUGGACCGUAGACGUAAAGAAGAGGAGGAACGGCGGCGCGCCGAGGACGAGAAGAGGAGGAACGAUCGUGAACAGGAGUACAUCAGGCGUCAGCUGGAGGAGGAGCAGAGACACCUGGAGAUGCUCCAGGAGCAGCUGCUCCGUGAACAGGCCAUGCUGCUGGAGUUCAAGUGGCGGGAGCUCGAGGAGCAGCGCAAGGCCGAGCGACUCCAUAAGCGCCUGCAGCAGGAGCAGGCCUACCUGCUGUCGCUCCAGCACGAAUCCAAACAGCAACAAGGCGACAAGACCAAACUCUCUUCAGACCAUAGCAAACCUCCACAGACCUCCACCCUGCCCCCUGACAGAGUCCUCUCCACAACUCCUCAAGCUCAGGUCCUUGAAAGUCCUGUUUCUGUAGCAAAAGGCGCUUGUGAGUCGUCCAAAGCCCCUCAGACAAUCCCCUCAGACAACACUAAACCCGAGGCAGCAGUGCCAGAGAAGACUGAUUCUGAUGAGACUUGUACCAGCCAGCUCUCAAACUCCCCCAGCCCCCCUCAGACUGAAACCCCCACCGACUCUGAACCACCCCAGGCAGAAAGUCUGGAGACUGAUAGGCAAGCAGAGCCUGUCAGUAAUCCUCCUCCGCAGCCUAUCAGAGAGGCCGACGAGCGCUACCGUAAGAACAUUCAGGGCUCCCCUCAGACUGCCGCUCCUCCCAAGCAGCCCCCACUGCCUCCCCGCUCCUCUGAACCAUUCUCCAAUGGCGGCUCUUCCUCCGAGGCCCCCGCCAUGCACCGGCCCAUGGAGCCUCAGGUCCAGUGGUCCCACCUGGCUGCUCUAAAAAGCAGCAACAGUGCCGCCCCCUCUCCUCCUCCUCCGCCCGUGGUCUCUCGCUCCCAGUCCUUCAGUGAGCCCGGCGGUGUGACUUCUAGCUUUGCACAACUCCACCUGCGUUCCCAGGACCAUCACCACCACCACCCUUCGCCCGCACGCACUGACCCCCAGCCCCAACCUCCCCUCCACCACCCUCAGGCCCAUACUAGGUCCGAACACCAGGCCAGCAGCGAGGAGGUACCUCCCAAGGUACCAGUAAGGACAACGUCCAGGUCUCCAGUGCUGUCGCGCCGAGAGUCCCCUCUGCCGUCACAGCCCAGCAGCCAGGUCGGACAGAGGAACGCUGGCGUCAAUGUGGAGCAGCGCCCGCUGUGGGACCGAGUGGAGAAGCUGCAGCCCCGGCCAGGCAGUGGCAGCUCCUCCGGCUCCUCUAACUCCAGCUCCCAGGCCAGUUCUGGUGAUCGCUUCAGGCCACGCUGUGAGUCCCCUGCUUCCUCCAAAUCUGAAGGGUCGCCUCUCCAGCGGCCUGAAAAUGUUCCCAAAAAACAAGAUGAAAAGAACCUUGCCAGGCCCACUCGACCAGCUGCUGAUGUGGACCUGACAGCUCUGGCCAAAGAGCUUCGUGCAGUAGACGAUGUGAGGCCUCCCCAUAAGGUCACAGACUACUCCUCUUCAAGUGAGGAUUCGGGCACCACCGACGAGGAAGACGAUGAGGAGGUGGACCAGGAGGCGGGAGACGAGUCCACCUCAGGAGCUGAGGACUCCAGGGCUGGAUAUUCCCAUGGCUUCUGCAGGAGGCUGAGUAACGGGGAGACGGAGUCUGCCAAGACCAUGCUGGUUGAAGACUCGGAGAGUGACCAAGCCACUACUCCCUGCAAGGAUGGCACGCUGGUCAUCAGACAGAGCACCGUUGACAUAAAGCGGUUGGUCAAUCUCUCAUCCUCCUCCUCUUCCUUGGCUGGCCCUGGUCAUGGCCAAGGCCAGCCUCAGCCCCCCGGCCAUGGCCUCCCAGAGAAAAAUGGCUUUGCAGGCCGCAUAUACCACCUGCCAGACCUUAUCCAGCAGAGCCAUCACUCCCCUUCCUCUUCCACAACCAUCCCUUCCUCCUCCUCUUCUUCCUCCUUCCCCUCAUCAUCUAGCCAUGCCAGUCCUGCCAUGUCCCCACAGAACACCCUGGACAAGCUCACUGCCAUAGAGUCCCAGUCAGAAAGCAACUCCAUGUCCAAACACAAGUCUUCCUCUUCCUUCACUCCUUUCAUCGACCCUCGUCUUCUCCAGAUCUCUCCAUCCAGCGGCAGCUCCCUCAGCAACAUGGCAGCAUUUGGGCAGGACGGACGGCUGGCGGACCCGCUGAGGUCGGACCCGUCCCGUAAAGGCUCGGUGGUGAACGUCAACCCAGUCAACACGCGCCCGCCGAGUGACACGCCGGAGAUUCGCAAGUACAAGAAGAGAUUCAACUCUGAGAUCCUGUGUGCUGCACUCUGGGGAGUGAACCUGCUGGUGGGGACAGAGAGCGGCCUCAUGCUGCUGGACCGAAGUGGUCAGGGGAAGGUCUACCCCCUGAUCAACAGGAGACGCAUCCAGCAGAUGGAUGUCCUGGAGGGACUCAAUGUCCUGGUCACCAUAUCGGGUAAAAAGAACAAGCUGCGAGUGUAUUACCUGUCGUGGCUGAGAAACAAGAUUUUGCACAACGACCCUGAGGUGGAGAAGAAGCAGGGUUGGGUUAACGUGGGCGACUUGGAGGGUUGCGUCCACUACAAAGUCGUGAAGUAUGAGAGGAUUAAAUUCUUGGUGCUGGCCUUGAAAAACGCUGUGGAGGUGUACGCCUGGGCACCCAAACCCUACCACAAAUUCAUGGCCUUUAAGUCUUUUGGUGACCUGGUGCACAGGCCUCUGCUGGUUGACCUGACUGUGGAAGAGGGUCAGAGGUUAAAGGUCAUCUACGGCUCCUGCUCAGGCUUCCAUGCUGUGGAUGUGGACUCCGGUGCCGUCUACGACAUCUACCUGCCCACACAUAUCCAAACCAGCAUUCAGUGCCACGCCAUCAUAAUCUUGCCCAACACAGACGGGAUUGAGCUGCUGGUGUGCUACGAGGACGAGGGCGUUUACGUCAACACCUACGGACGCAUCACCAAGGACGUGGUGCUGCAGUGGGGAGAAAUGCCAACUUCAGUGGCCUACAUUAGGUCAAACCAGAUCAUGGGCUGGGGUGAGAAGGCCAUAGAGAUCCGCUCAGUGGAGACGGGCCACCUGGAUGGCGUCUUCAUGCACAAGAGAGCCCAGAGACUCAAGUUCCUUUGUGAGAGGAAUGACAAGGUCUUCUUCGCCUCCGUGCGCCCCGGAGGUGCCAGCCAGGUGUAUUUUAUGACCCUGGGACGCACUUCCCUCAUGAGCUGGUAGUCGACGACAUCCCACCACACCAGCCAACACGACGACCACACCUUAAGCAGUGACCAACAGAUGACGAUUGUGACCAUGACCGACGACGAUGAAGAGAAACAGCCUUGAGCCUGAAGUGGAGAAGCAUCUCGACGGAGGGAACGGCUUCCUCUCGCCUUGAACGGGCGGGCAGACAAACAACGGAUUGGACUAUAAUGCUGAAAAGAAGCGAGUGAUGGGUGUGUGUGUGUGUGUGUUUGGGGGGCGGGGAGGUGCGUUCAGUUUGUGUGCAUUGUCACAAGUCCACUGAGUGUACUGGUUAAAUAUAUUACACACUCACCAGCCUCCAGGUUUUUCCUCACCCCAGCCCCACUGCCCAAAACUUUGAGCUGAUCCCCUCCUCCUCUUCCUCUGCAAGGUGCGGGAUCUGUUGCCUGUUGAUGGUUAAUCUUUGUGUCAUAGUAAAACUUUGCAUCGUGUAUGUGUUGAGGAAACACUGAGCAUGUGAGGGGUUGAUAGGAGGCUAAACGCGGCUGUUGCUGUUUCAAAGACAGCCAAUACUGUAUACGCCACACCUUGAGUGUAGCUGUUUGUAGCUGUGUUUAGGCAAAAUUAACUCAUAUUCCCACCACGUUAGAUUUCUACGUCAAGCAUGUCAUUUAACACUAGUUCACAGCCACAGUUUUCCUAACGCUUGACAUGUAAAUCUGCCUCUGUGUCUUCACUUUGUUUGCCUUCUCCUCCUUAAAGUGAAGAUUUUUUUGAAGGGACCUUCUUGAUAUAUCCAUUAAAUACAGGGUACUGGAUAUCAGCUUGUACAUACUAACUGCAUCAACCUUGUGGGCUCCAGACUCUCCCAGGUUUUACAGACACUUUCUCAACCUUUACCACAUUGCCUCACGUGUACUGUAGGUUAUGUCGGACAGAAGUAGCCCUGUUUAUGACGGCAUGUUGCUUUGGUGUUAUCCACACCAUUAGCCAUGGUUUUUCAUACACUGUAUAUUUUGUAUGUGACUUGCUGCACAUAAAUAAAGCAUAAGAAUACAAGACACCCACCCAUAGAUGGUUUUAAAGGAAAAAUUCACCCCAUUUAGCGUCAAUCUGUAAUUUUCCAUAUUGUUAUUAAGUGUUCUGGUCAGCUGGCUUCUCCUUAAUCUGCUCUGCCUGUAUCAAUUGCUCAUUUUCAUACGGUCAUUGCCUUGGAGUCUGUUGCUCUACUGGAAAUCUAAAAACACACCUCCAAAACCACAAAUGGACCCAGAAAUGUGACGUGCAUUACCAAAAGCUUUGUGAUUUGUUUUGUUUUGUUUGUUAGGUGGAUUUUUCCUUUAAUGUCAGUCAUAAGUAGGGCUAGGAUAAACUGUGAAUUAGACAUACAGAUUUUAGCAGGUGGCCAUUAAGGUAGCAUGGAGGCCAGUGGGCAGUAGUGACAGAAAGGGAAUGAAAGCAUUGUGCAUAAAUCUAGCGGGCUGAAGAAGAAACUUUGAACAUCACACUCCAGGGGAGGAAAUCGGGGUUAGCUGUCCUCCAUCUGCACAGUUGCAACUUCUACGAUCACCCAACUCUGUAUUUUGAAGGAGACUUUAGCUUAAUAUUUUUCCUUUUAAAGCUGUCUCCAGCUGAUUAAAACGGCUCAAAAUCCUCUGCAGGUUUUGACAUGUUAAAAGUAGAAGACAUUUGGAUUUGGCAUACUGUAGGAACACUUGAGUCUGAAUAACCCGUGUGAUUCAAUACAGGACCUCUUCUGGGCUCCAGACAGACAGUUUAUUCAGUGCAGUAAUACACUACUUUAACUGGAUCAUUACUCCAUCACAGAAUUGUGCUGCUUCAUUUUACUUUUUUGCAUUUCUCAUCUUCUAAAACCUGCACGACAAGGCAAGACAUGUUUUGUCACUUCAUGUCAAGUCUCAUUCCACUGUUAAACUGUAGACUGUAUGUAUGGAUGCGAAAAGUCAAAAACGAGAUCACAUAAUUUUGCAUAAACUCUUUGACUCUUUGAUCCCGCUCUCCAUAAGGGCGGUGCCUUCACUGGCCACCGCUGAGGGCUGCAGAACCUGGGAGCGAGAUGCUUUUCACUUUCUGAUCAUCUGUAAAGAGCAAAGGCAAAAAGUCACACGUUCUAAAAGCAGUGUUACAAAACCACUUCAGACGGUGCGAACUAAGCGGCAUAUUUUUAACUGACUUAGUUUUUAGUCUUGUUUCUGCAAUUUUUAUUAUGUAACCCUUCAGAUAAGUAUGCGACUGCAGUGGUUUUUAAAUUGUAAUGCACACCUUAUGUUGAAAAUGUUUACAGAAGCAAUUGUUUUGUUCAACCAAUGUGCAUCGAUAUGAAUAUUUAUGGUUUAUUUUGAGGGCAGUUUUUCCCUGUUUUGUAUUUUGUAUUAUUCCCUUUUUGUACUAUCAUUUAGACUUUUGUGUACAGGAAUUAUCGAGUUUUUCUCACGUUAUUAAUUACGUAAGUCUAGAGUGUGAUUUCACUGAUUCCUCUACAUCCUGCAUUAGUGCACAGUGUGCCCCUUGCUGUGUGGCAGCGGGGAUCAAAUGUUUUCUACCACCCAGGUGACAUGUUUCCCCUCAAACGUCUCUCUGCCAUGCCUCUCUAAUUUAUGUUCUCUCUGUGUGUACUAUGGGAAUAACUGUAUUUUCCUGAAGGUCUUUUUUUCCAUUGAAUAAAAUCAGAAGUAAUUUACA